AUCACGUAAAAAAGACGUAAAAGUCACCAAUUAUGACCAAAUAUGACGAGCUCUGACGUCAAUGAUUUUUGAACGUUUAGUUAAUUUCGGUCCAAAAAAAGCUGAAGAAAACCAUCGCAAAUAAGAAAUUUCGCUAAAUGAGAACCAGCAAACCUGCAACUAACAAAAAUACUGAAGAACAUCAGGAUUAAGACGAAAGAGCGGAAUGAAAAACUAAGCGGAGAAGCAACUAUUUCUUGAAAAAAGUCCCACAGCCCCCCAAACAGAAAAGAAUCAAUUAAAGCCAAAAAACGAAACUGAAGACAAUUGAAUUCUGAUGAAGCUUUCAGCCACAAAUAUCGUCAGCAUAUCGCAUACCAAGACCCUAAUUGCAUUUAAAUGCGCUUUACCUGAACCAUUUAGUCGCCUUCAAGACCCGCGCAAACAGUCUUUCCAGCGAAUCCAAUUAGUUUGUUACCUAAGUGAACAACGUAGAAGUUAAUCCUGUUAGGAAACCCCACAAAACCCCCAUAAAAACUUCAAAUCAGCAGGCAAACGGCCACUUUGGUCACACAAGCCAUCCUCAGAGUGUCUUGCCACUAGUAGAACAGUUUUGGGCGUCUUUGUCACUUGCCAGCACACCCGCAUCACGCCUUCUCUCUUCAAUGGUGGUUGCAGUAAAGGUAUUCAAGAAAACCACACCCAAUGGUAAGAUCACAGUCUAUCUAGGUAAGCGCGAUUUCAUCGACCACCUCGACCACACCGACCCCAUCGAUGGCGUGGUCGUGCUUGAGGAUGACUACCUGCAGGGGCGGCGCGUUUUCUGCGCAGUGGUCACCGUCUACCGCUAUGGGCGUGAAGAGGACGAGGUCAUGGGCGUUAAAUUCAGCAAGGAAAUGACCAUUACCAGUGCACAGGUUGCACCCACUAAGAGGGACAAAGAGGCCGAGUUGAGUGCCAUUCAGGAGAAGCUGGUGAAGAAAAUGGGGCCCAAUGCGUUUCCGUUUACUUUCCACUUUCCCGACAUGGCCCCCUGUUCGGUGACCCUUCAACCAGGGGAAGACGACCAAGGUAAGCCCUUGGGAGUGGAGUAUUACGUCAAGUGCUGGGUGGGAAAUAACGAGGAGGAUAAAGGGCAUAAGCGAAGCACCGUCCAGCUGGCCAUUAAGAAGUUGCAAUUUGCACCUCCAGCGCGUAGCGGCAAUCGGCUUCCUUCGUCGCUCAUCUCUAAAGGCUUCACGUUCUCCAGCGGUAAGAUCAACUUGGAGGUCACCUUGGACAAGGACAUCUACUACCAUGGGGAGAAGAUCGGUGCCAACAUCAUGAUCUCCAACAACUCCCGCAAGCAGGUGCGCAACAUCAAGGUCUACGUGGUGCAGCAUUGCGAGGUCACCAUGGUAAAUGCGCAAUUCUCCAAGUAUGUGGCCAGUUUGGAGACGCGCGAAGGCUGCCCCAUCACGCCUGGCGCCAGUUUCACUAAGGUGGUCUAUCUGGUGCCUUUGGCGUCCUCAAACAAGGAUAGACGUGGGGUGGCUUUGGAUGGCCGUCUACGCGAUGACGACGUUAACUUGGCCAGUUCCACCUUGGUGCCCGAAGGCAAGUGCCCAAUUGAUGCCAUCGGUAUCGUCAUUUCCUACUCGUUGAGAGUGAAGCUGAACUGUGGCACUCUUGGCGGUGAGCUGGUUACUGAUGUGCCCUUCAAGCUCCUCCAUCCAGCUCCUGGAUCAAUGGAAAAGGAGCGGACUGCGGCCCUGAAGAAAACCAGGUCGAUUGAGAGGGCUCGAUAUGAGAACGACGAUGACGACAAUAUAGUUUUUGAGGACUUUGCGCGCUUCCGUAUGUCGCGAGACGGAAUGGAGUGAGCCUCCAGGCCUGUCUAGACUCAAGCAAUGCCCAAUGGACAACGACUCUGGAUUAAUUAAGCUGAUUGUAGUUUAUAGAAGAAGCAGGGUUUAUUGAUAACUAUAUGACUCGUAUUAAAACAGUUAAAGUUU